AUGACGAAUGUUCAACAAAGCAAACGCCGUAAAGCGGCCGCUUCAUACUAUGAAAAGAACAAGGAUGCGCUUCGUGAAAAAGCUCGCUUACGAAUGCGCCGCCUCCGCGCAAGUGACACUUCCAAGGACGAAACAGUGGCAGCCAAUGCAGCCGCGUCCAAGCGUGCCUCACAGGCAAAAUACCGUGAAAGUCGACGUGAAAUUCUUCGCGCAAAAGAAGCACGCCGGCGUGCUAGCAAAAAAGUGCUGGCCGGUAUCAUGGCCCUCUUUCCCCCGGCUGAUCAUGUCGACGCUGAAGAAGAUAAUGAAUGCAGCGAAGUUAGCGAUAGUGGGUAUUUGGGCGACGGAAACCCAUUGGACACAGACAACGAAAGCGAGGCCAAAAUCGAAGCAGAAGCGAAGACGCCCCCGAUAGUUCCGAAGGUGCUUAGUUCAUCCAGGCGUCGUGUAAUGCCCCGAUGGUUCGAACGAAGGCAACAAUCACCAUUCUCUGACAACUUGGAAUAG